AUGGAGAGCGAAGGGCAACAAGGCAGACCUGCGUCGGGAAUAUUAAGAGACCCAAACCCUAGCAAUGAGAAGUGGGCCCCAGACCCAAACCCUAGCAAUGAGACAUGGGCCCCAGACCCAAACCCUAGCAAUGAGAAGUGGGCCCCAGACCCAAACCCUAGCAAUGAGACAUGGGCCCCAGACCCAAACCCUAGCAAUGAGAAGUGGGCCCCAGACCCAAACCCUAGCAAUGAGACAUGGGCCCCAGACCCAAACCCUAGCAAUGAGACAUGGGCCCCAGACCCAAACCCUAGCAAUGAGACAUGGGCCCCAGACCCAAACCCUAGCAAUGAGAAGUGGGCCCCAGACCCAAACCCUAGCAAUGAGACAUGGGCCCCAGACCCAAACCCUAGCAAUGAGACAUGGGCCCCAGACCCAAACCCUAGCAAUGAGACAUGGGCCCCAGACCCAAACCCUAGCAAUGAGAAGUGGGCCCCAGACCCAAACCCUAGCAGUGAGGCGUGGGCCCCAGAUCUAAGCUCUGUCUAG